AUGGAUAUAGUAUACAAAGCUGCACUUAACUAUGACAUGAGCAUCUUUGUGCUCAAUGCCUAUGAACACAUAUUGGCUACUUUGGUCAUUGCACCUUUUGCUAUGAUUAUUGAUAGAAAAAGAAGGGUACCCAUGACGUUUUCAAUUUUUGCUAAACUGGUUGUGCUCGCUUUACUGGAGCAAGCCGAUAUUUGGUAUGAACAUGUUCGUGCUUGGAAUGAAAUAUACAACAGCCAGAAUUGUAGCCACAAUGAUCAAUGCUCUUCUCGCCAUGACAUUCAUAUUAGCUUGAUUAGUGAGACAUUCACACUAAAUACGUAUCUCGAGCUUUCACUCACAGCUUGGAUAUGCUUCUUUGGUGCAAUUGGAAACGUAAUAGUGGCUCUAGUGAUAAAGAAAGACAAAGCUGCUUGGGCUAUUCAUUGGGACGUUAAACUACUAGCAGUUCUUUAUGGGGUAGGAAUAUAA